GGAUGUGAUUUUUGAAUGGCGUGCGCAUUCUUCUUAUGAAUCAAACCGACACUGACUUUAUUAUGGUCAAAUUGUUUUCGUCGCAAGGAGUUUGCCUUCAUAGCGCACCCAAAAUAGAAGAAAGCGAUAACUUGUUUGGUUUGGUGCAUGUUUUUCAACAAUUUUCAAGAGAAGUCAACGGAGGAGAACUACAUAGAUUAGUGUUUCAAGCUCCUGUCAACUUUCAAAACACUUUUACCACGAGUUUGAGUGGUAGACUGUACGAUUGGAAAGAACACGAAAAGGAAGCUAUUCAAGUUGUGCUCGAUAAUACAAGCCCUAUAUGUAUUAUAGUAAAAGCCAGUUUGUCGCUAUCGGUGGACAAGUUGAACCGUUUGAUGGACGAUAUUAAACAAUGUAUUCGAAAACACCACAAGCAGACGAUGCUUGAAAAGAAUAAUACUUUUCUCGAAGAGAAUAUCUCCCAUUUACCCGAUCAAGUUAAACAGAUGGUGACUGAACUGACCACAAAAGUGAUGUCGCAGAGUGUUCAAUCGGUCUUGGAGAGUUCUUAAGCGAAAGUUUUCCAAUACCUGUGUAAAGUUUGUAUUAUUUCGCGAUCUUUUUCAGUUCUUUAUAUUCUCGUCUAGUUGCCUCUUGUAACAUUUCGCAGUCUACGUCAAUAGCGUACACUUGAAUAUACCUAAUUACACUGCCUCUGAUAAAAGAAUUCUUCAAAGUCAUCUAUAAAGAACUUUCCGUUACCCUCAAAAAGUAAACCCAAAAAGAAACCUACCAACUGCGGACAAGUUUCGACGUUGAGUAUUUCAAUAUCUUCCAACUUUAUAUUCAGAUACUGAUCGACCGAGUGUACCUUGCCUCGAAUAAUUACGUCAUUUUUGAGUUCUACAGUCACUGUUUUGCCGAUAAAGGUUUUGAAAAACGAGAAGAAUAGCAUCGAGUCUUCAAAACAACUGCUGUUUCUUCCUUCUCCUAAGAAUGGCCGUCCCUCUUUUUGGAAAUGAUAAAAGUAAUUUCGUGGCUCAAGUAUUUCACUAGACAUUGUCGAACUUUCUUUCCAAUGACUCGGGCAACAUUUUUGUGAAUAAAAAUUGUUUUUGAUAU